GCGGAAUUUUAACUCGUUGACCACCGAAUAGAGUCUUUUGUAUUUAACAACUUUUAGAACGUUAAGCCUUAUGGAAUAUCUGCCCAAUUGCUCAAUUGGAAAAUAGUCAAUUCAUUUUUCAAGCCUAUCAAACUCACCCAAUAUGCCACCAAAAAAGAGUGCACAAAAUGAAACAACAUUGGCAAGGUUAAUGAAAGAGUUACUCAAAGAUUACGAACAAAGAGCUAAUUAUUAUAAAACGACAGUUUGUAACUCAAUCAAACUAUGUUUUAGAAAAGCUGUAGAAGAAGAUCGUCCUGUAACAAGACUUCUAGUUGAUCCACAAGAUCGUAAAACAGUUGAGUAUUGGGUUGAUGACAAACUAAGUGAUGUUUUUAGCAAUGCUGGUGGUGAUGAUAAAAUUAGAACCAUACAAAAAAAGAACAUUAGUAAAAAGCAAUGGAAAGAAGAUAAGCCACUAGUAAAACUUUUACCAUUGAUUGAAACAAUACGAGCGAAAAGGUAUACAACGAUACAAGAAAUAUUAAUAUGGGAUUGUUAUAUUGAAAAUGAUGAUAUGGUCGCAUUAACCGGUUUGUUCAAUAAAGGAUGUUAUCUUAUUACACGUAUUGAAUUAAUCGACUGUUUUCUUGACACGAAAUGCAUUCAGUUAUUAGUGGCUAAUAUUGCUAUCUCUAAAAUACUGCGUGAAUUAUCCUUGGAUUUUAAUGAAAUUGGUGAACAAGGUUGUUGUAUAUUAUGUGAUGGUUUAGUUAGAAAUCAAUACCUUACUUGCUUAAGCUUAAGAUUUUGUGGUCUCACUAAACAAUGUGGUUUGUGGCUUGGAAAUGUAAUUGCAGAAACAGCUAUAAGAGAGCUUAUUCUUGACGGGAAUUCUUUAGAAGCUGAAGGAACUAUAGCUUUAAUCAGUCGAAUUUCUGAUGCUGCAGAGAAAGAAGGAUUUGAACGUACUGAAGAGAUAAGAAGAAAACAAUUAGUUUUAGAGGAAACUCAAAAUCGAGGUCGGGCGAAAGUGAAGGACUUAAAUGUUCUAGAAGCGGCCCAUGAUGAUAUUGUUGAUCUAGCACUUCAGUCUCCAUCCAUAGGAACCCCUACGUCAAGUAAGAAAACCUCUGAAAAAAUUGAUAAGAAGAAAUCAUCUAAAGGACGAAAACGUGGUAGAAAGAAUAAAAGCAAACCAUUAUUUCCUCCCUCGGGUCCACAAAUUGCAGUUUUGAAAUUAGCCGAUAAUGAAAUUAGUCAUUAUGGUCAAGAAGGAAAUUUUAAUGCAGUUAAAUGUAUGCAAUUAUUAAAAAGGUAAAAUGAUAAUUAAAUUUUAAUGAAUGCACUUGAAACCUAAAAAAUUGAUUAAAACAGCAAUCUUGCGAAAUUCAUAAGUCAGCCAGUUGGUACACAUUAGUGCAUCGUUAUAUAUCAAAUUAAAUGACUGUCAGAUGGUCAUAUUUUACGAAGUCUGGGAAAUUAAAAAUCAGUAUAAAUGCCUUAAUAGCGAAUUAGAAACGGCCAAUCCUGAGGCAUGUUAUCAAAAGUCUCCACCUACUGAUUAUUAACAUUUUGAUGACUGUAAUUGAGUAACCAACAUUUCUAUAUGCUGUUCAUGGUAGGAAUUAAUCGAUUCACUAUCAGUUGUCAUAUUUUCGGCUUUAUUUUCAAUAGUUUUUAAUACUAUUUGUUUCAACUUUGUUUAUUACAUAAUACAAUAUUACACUAGUGAUUUCAAAUUUGGAUUUUUCUUUUUGUCGUUUAGUUUCAUUUGAGCGUUAAUGAGUUAUAAUAAUCAUAUGCAAUAUUCAUUUGUUACAUAUCCAUUACCUACACAACGCUGUAUUUUAUUAAGAUAGGAAGUUAUUAAAGACUAAGUGGUUGAUGACAGUCUUCUAGUAUUUCCAGGUAUACUAAGAUCCUUUUAUGUUGAGAUACGCGUUAUGAAAUCAUAUAAAUACUUCUACU